AUGAAUCCAAAAUGUGUAUGUACACAAAAGCAAAUUAGUGAGGAAAAAUCCAUAAAUAGCAGUCCUAUUAAUACAAAAAUUGUUUUAAUUGAUUUUGGAAAAGUACCCUUUCUUCAUAAAAGGUGUAAAGAUAUCUUAAUUGAUUUAGACGAUCAACCCCUUAAUGAAUUUGAAGUUAAAAAAUCAAGCAACUUAAGCUGUCAUGGGGAUACUUUUACCAUUACCCCAAAUUCCGGAAAAUUAAAUGUUGGAGAAAACCAACUGAAACUAAAAUGCUACUACAAACCGCAAGCGCCAUUUUUGAAAAGUGCAGAUGUUUUCACUUUAACUUCAUCUGACUUUGGUUUAAUAAUAACAGCUAGAGGAGAAUCAACAGGACCUGUGAUAUCUGCAUCUGAGAAACACAUCAAAUUUUUUGUCACACCUAAAGAGAAAUACGGCAAACAAGUAUUUUCACUUAAAAACAAUAUGCCCACAGAAUUCAUAGUUGACAUGGACCACAAACAAAAAUUGUUCGUUGUUAACCCAACUCGGGGUAUUAUAGAAAAGGAGAUAUAUAUUCGAGUAACUUUUAACCCAAAAGAAUACGGAACGUACUAUCAACAAUUAAAUUUUUUGAUUUUUGGUAACGAACCUGUAAUAGUAUCUUUAUUCGGAAGUUACAGUAAAGAGAAAGUUGACCCAGAAAAAACUUGUUACAUAAACUACCCUUUACCAUUCGAAGAUACGGUCAACUAUAACGCUUAUUUCAAAGACCUUUGCCAAGACCUAAAAAAUGAAAAGAAAGGUUUACCAAUUUAUCUGAACACAACUGACCUAGAUCUGGGAACAGUGAUUUUAAAAGAUGAUGAUCUUGAUUCUGGCGAUUUUAAUGGUAGAAAUGUAGAUUUUGUCUCAACAGAAACGUUGGCGGUAUCGUCCAAGAAUUUCAGUGUUACCAAUGAUAUGAAACAUGAAAUUGUUGUUAGUUGGAUAGAAGAUGACAAAGUUUUUCAAAUUCUGCCUAAAAAAGCUAGUGUGCCUCCCGGAGCAACAACGUUUUUUAAAUGCCUCUUCACUCCAUUUGAGAAUGAAAAAGUGUAUUUUAGAGCAUUUACUGCACAAGUCUAUUGGUUGUGUGCCAACGCAAUUGCUGAUCCUUCUGAUAUUAACACUAUUAUAAUUCCAUUAACUUUAUCGAUAAACGUACAAGGAAUUUCUUUUCAAGAAGAUCUGAUGCCGUUAACAAAUAUUGGACUUAAACCCCGACAUCUAUAUUUUGCCCCGAGUUUAGUUGGUACAAUUGCUUAUGAAAAUAUGCUUAUUUACAAUAAACUGCCUGGUCCUGUAAUCUUUAAACUUGUGGCGCCUGUAAAAAGCCGUAUCGCCAUGAAACCGAUGACGGGAAUUAUAAAAACGUUUGUCAUAAUCUCCGCGAGAUUUCGAGCUAACAAAAAGCCAAAGCCUCUGAUGGAAGUCUGGAAUCUAAUAAUAAAUGGCCAAGAAAGUAAACCGAUCUCCUUUUGUGUACAAGGAUUAGCAGACUUGCCUGCUAUAGAGGUUGGAAAUAAUAAUGAACUCAUUUUAUCCACAGCGCAAGUUGAUACAGUAGCCAAGGAAACUUUCUUUAUGAAAAAUAAAUGUUGCUUUAACCUGAGUUAUACUUUUAUACCAGUCGAUGAGUUGGUGUCUAUAUUACCCGAUACAGGAGAUAUUUUACCUUAUGAAGAAAUCCCUAUUACUGUUAUGUAUCAUGCUAAAGCGUGCGCACCAAAAGUUGUGGAAAUGGUUUGCAAGCUGUAUGUAAAGCAUAAGUUGGACGCAAUUGUGGGACCAAACUACGACCAUUUCUUUAUUGUUCGUUGUGAUAGAGCGUAUACACAACUCUGUGCAACCCCACUAUCUGACAGUUUUGAUUGCUUCGAAUUUGGAACCAUAAUCGAAAGUAACUUUAACAUAUUCAACUUUGGUCAAUCUUCAGUAAGUUUUCGUCUUCACGUUAAUUCAUUAGAAGCUACCAAUGACAAGAUCGCGGUCGUGCCUAAUUCAGGAGAUAUAGGACCCGGCCAACAUUUGCAGAUUAACUUAAAAAUAGAAUGCCUAACAAUGGGAGACAACAACUUCAAUAUAGAAUAUUCCCAGAGAAACAUUUUGGAGGAAAAUUCAACUUCGAACAUACUUUUAUUACCUAUUGCUUACCAUACAACUAUCGGAAAAAUCCGGAUUGCUGAAGUUGUAGAGCAUGAUUUUGGUGCCCUAUUUACCAAGUUGCAUUUUUGGGAAUAUCUUCAAAUCGACAGGUUGAACGAACAAUUUAACGAAGUUGAGCCUAACACAUCAGAUUCCAUAAAUAUACAGAUGCCGGACUGUGUCCUAGGAUCAAAACAUUAUCUUACACUAUUAGUAGAAAAUCCUACACAGUUCGAUACGGAGAUUAUUUUUAAAAGAAAAAAAGUUUGUGAGUGUGAAACUAAGCAAACUCCAGUUACUUUUAAUAAGACUAAAUUGCUUUACGAUUGUCCACAUAGAAAAGUACUGUUGAUCGAAACUACCAACCAGCAGAUUGAGAAAAAAUCAAGCAAAAUAAUAACAAUGACGAUAAGUUAUCAUAUACUAAGAGAAACGACAGUGGCGUACGAAAUCCAUUUGAGUCAUAACAGAUUAUUCACUCUCUACUUUCGUGUAUACGGAAUACCCACAGAUGAAAGCAAAGUAUCUGCCUAUAAUACUGAUUUUGUUAUGGCUUUUAAACCUGUCCACUUAUCCACUCGAGUUCCACCAAUGCAAUUGUUUUGGUUAUACAAUCAUUCCCAAUUUCCAGCCACGGUAGAAAUAACCAAAUCAAAAAUGACCGGGAUUUACAAAAAGUUAAAAUAUAAUGUGUUUGAAUGUACCCAGGAUAAAAGUGAAAUAAGCCCUUUUGGAAAAUUUGCACUUAAGUUCAAAUUUUGUCCCAUUGAAUAUCGUAAUUAUACAGCCAAGAUUUCCAUUUUAAUAAAGGGAGAAGAAACAAGACUUACUUUAAAAGGUACAGGCACUUCAAAAAGUGCACUGGAGGAGGACUAUUUUUAUAUUUCAAUGCCACAAGUUUGUAAAUCUACAGGAAAGUUCCCAGUUGUGUUUUCUGUUGAUUACUUAAUAGUAAGGUGCAUGCCGAUAUGUAAUUACACCGAGAGGAUUAUUUUUAUUCAAAAUAUUACCACCAACCUACUUAUCUAUUACGAAUGGAACUGUGUCGAUAUCCCCAAUUUCAUAAAAAUAACAGCCCGAGAAGAAAAUGGUUACCUCUUACCCAGCCAGUCCCAUGCUGUUACCAUACAGAUAAAAUCAUUUCAUCAAUCCCUAAUUUCUGAUUUUGUGCUGUCUUGUCGAAUGACUGUCUUACGACAAGUAGACCCAACGAGAAAAAAUGAAGAUAUUGAAAAAUACUUGUUAUCCGAAAUCGAAAAGUUGCAAGAGGUGGCAGUUGAAAAUACCCAAUUAAAAGAAAAUAAUAGCGUUCAGUACAAAGACGCAGAGAAACAGGAAAACCCUGAGAAAGAUACUACUAAAUACAUCAUGACCCUUACAAUCAGAGUAAAUGUUGUACAUACACGGGACUUAACUAACUUCGUAAAACCGUCAGAGAUUUUUACAUACCAUCCCCAAAAUAAACUGGAAAUAGAUGGUAUAACAGUACAACCUCUAGGAAAAGGGAGGAAAAUUUCUAAAAAUGAUAACUUGCAUAAAAAUCUUAUGGAAGAAGUCUUAAGAAUGAUAAUUUCAGAUGUUGUCUUUGACCAGCCACUUAAAGAAAUUUUAGAAGGAAUGAGAGAUGAAACGGACAUUUACUAUUCCCAAUUAAAGCCUAACAAAAAAGAACCCGAAACAUUGAAUACAGAAGAAAGAUUAAAACAAUAUUUGGCAAGACCGUCUUUAUCGAUUUUAGCAGAUACAUUAAAAACAUUUAUUCAUGAUGGCAUACUACAGACUUCUGAAAUAUCUACAGUAGUCAGAAAUAGAAUAAAGCAAGACAGUAAAAAAGAACAUGAAGAAGAAGAUACUCUUGAACACGAUAAAGAAACAGCUGACAAUAUAACUUCUGCAUGCAAAGAUGAGUGUGUUUGUAAAAAAGAUUAAAUUAUUUUAUGAUGUCUUG